UUGAAGUCAUGUUGAAGUGUUUACCUGUUUCAAUAACUACUGAAUAAACUCAAUUUUCGUAAUUAUCCACCAGUGACAUGUGAAAAUGUCGAGGCUCAUUGUGAAGAAUUUACCCCCCAGUGUUACUGAGACUAAAUUGAAAGAUAUAUUCAGUGAAAAAGGAAUUGUAACCGAUGUGCAGCUGAAAUAUACGAAAGAUGGAAAAUUUCGUAGAUUUGGAUUUGUGGGUUUCAAAACAGAGGAACAGGCGCAGGCUGCCUUAAACUUUUUCCACAAAACUUGCAUUGACACCGCAAGGAUCACUGUUGAACUCUGUGCUGGAUUGGGAGAUGCCUCGAAGCCAAAAGCAUGGAGCAAAUACGCCCAAGACAGUACAGCCCACAAAAAACUCACAAAAUCGGAAGAAAAGCCCCAAAAACCCGAAGAAAACCCCCCGAAACAGGAAAAGAAAGCAAAGCAAAACGACGAGAUAAAGUCCCUCAUAGAAAAACACAAGGAGGAUCCCCUCUUCGUCGAGUUUAUGGAGACCCAUGGGGCUGACGGUUCUAAAAUCUGGGGAAAUGACACAGAGAUCUCCGCAAUUGACUCCCAAAAACCCCAAGACCCCUCAGAAGACGAAAAUUCCGAAGACGAGGCUGAAGAUUCCGAAGACUCCAACGACGAUUCCGAAGAGGAAUCCCCAAAAAUCGCGGAUAAGAAGCUCUCAGACCUCGAGUACAUGGAAUCCCUCAAGAAAAAGUCCGAGGACUCGACCCCAAAGCCCAAAGACUCUGUGAAAAGCUCUGACCAUGGCUCAACCAAAUUUUACACUGUGAAAUUGAAAGGUCUAGGCUACAACCACAAGAAGAAACACAUAAAACAGUUCUUCCAUCCCCUAAAGGCGAAGUCGAUUCGAGUCCCUCAGAAAAUUAAGGGAAUAGCUUAUGUAGGAUUUGCAAGCGAAAAACAACGCAACCAAGCGUUGAAUAAAGACAAGAGUUUCUUGGAGGGCAAGAGGAUAUUCAUAACGAAAUACGAGGGAGAUAAAAAAACAGAAGUAAAUGGACUGAACUCGAAUGAUGGAAAAGCAGAACCCAAAUGGAAAAAACAGGAAGAAGCUCUCAAGGAUGAGGAGGCUAUCGCAGAGUCUGGGAGGAUGUUCGUGAGGAAUUUGUCGUACUCGACUACUGAAGAUGAUCUGAGGGCGGUUUUCGAGAAAUAUGGACAGAUCACGGAGGUCAAUCUACCGGUGGAUAAGGUAACCAGGAAAUUGAAGGGGUUCGGAACGGUGACGUUCAUGAUGCCGGAGCAUGCAGCGAAGGCUUAUUCCGAGCUGGAUGGGUCGAUCUUAAAUGGCAGAAUGCUCCACCUCCUCCCCGGUAAGUCGAAGCCCUCGAUAACUGACCUCCUCCAGACCCCAGGUCUGACCUUCAAAGAGAAGAAGGAACUCGAACGAAAGGCGACAGCAGGUUCCUCCCACAACUGGAACACCCUCUUCCUGGGUCAGAACACCGUGGUGCAGGCCAUAGCCUCCACCUACAACACCACUAAGGAUAAAGUCCUGGAGGACGGAGGCAAAGGUACCAGUGUGGCCGUUCGGCUCGCCCUGGGGGAGACCCAGCUCGUCGAGGAGACUCGUAAAUUCCUGGAGGAGAACGGAGUGAGACUGGAUGCCUUCAAUCAGGCCCCCGAGAAUCGCUCGAAGACCAUUAUUCUCGUGAAGAAUCUUCCCCCAGGGACCAAAGCCCACGAAUUGAGAGAGAAAUUCAAAGUUCAUGGGGAGGUGGGACGUGUGGUAAUGCCUCCAUCAGGUGUCACUGCUCUAGUCGAGUUUCUUGAGCCCUCGGAGGCUCGCAAGGCCUUCACUAGAUUAGCAUACACUAAAUUCAAACAUAUUCCGUUGUACUUGGAGUGGGCGCCUGACAAUAGUCUGACUCCCAGUGAUAAAAGAGAAAAGAAUGGAAAAGCGUCUGGGACGAAUGAAGUGAAGGAAGAGAGAAUCGAACAAGAUACCACGAGCAAAGAGGCGAGUCAAAAAGAGAAUAAGGACGAGGAUGAGGACGAUGAGGAGCCGGAACCUGAUACCACCCUCUUCGUCAAGAAUUUAAAUUUCUCGACCGAUGAAGAGACCCUCAAGAAAUAUUUUAGCAAAUGUGGAAGACUGCAUUAUGCCAGUGUCACCACGAAGAAGGAUCCCAAUAAUCCUGGUCAAAAACUGUCGAUGGGGUAUGGGUUUGUCAGGUAUAAAUUCAAAUCUGAUGCUGAUAGGGCUCUUAAAGAACUGCAAUCAACGACUCUCGAUGGAAAAACACUGGAGCUUAAGCGAUCUGAGAGGACACUCAAUUCCGACGUCUCGACAACGAAGAAGACGAGCAAAGUGGGGGAACAGACUGGUACCAAGAUUUUGAUCAAGAAUAUACCGUUCCAGGCGAAUGCUGAUGAGAUUACUGAAUUAUUCAAAGCUUUUGGGGAACUGAAGGCUGUAAGAUUGCCUAAGAAACUUAUGGGGCAGGAGAAACACAGGGGUUUUGGAUUUGUUGAAUAUUAUACUAAGAGUGAUUCUAAGAGAGCCUUCAAAGCACUGUGCCAAAGUACUCAUUUGUAUGGCAGAAGAUUGGUACUGGAAUGGGCCCAGACAAUUGAAGACGUGGACGAUAUUAGAAAGCGAACAGCAAAACAUUUUCACCAAGAGCCAUCGAGUAAGAGGAGUAAAAAAGCAACACUGGAUCCUGAAUCAGUGGGAUUAGCAGCAGAAUAAAAAUAUAUCGAUAGAAAUAUUCAUACUGUAAAUAAAAUGGCAUUUACAUCAA